GGGGGGGUUGGGCGAGGGCCGAGGGGGUGCCCGCGCGGCUGAGGGGCGGGCGGAGGCGGCGGUGCGGAGGAGCCCAGCGGACCCAGCGGCGGGACCUCUGGCACUUCUUUUCACUUUUCCAAGAGCAGCAGGAAAUGAACAAAUCACAGGGACUAGUAUCAUUCAAGGAUGUGUCAAUCAACUUCACCCAGGCAGAGUGGCAGUGGCUGGACUCAGCUCAGAAGAUCCUGUAUAGGGAUGUGAUGCUGGAGAACUACAGCAACCUGGUCUCAGUGGGGUGUCUUAUACCCAAACCAGAUGUGAUCUCCCAGUUGGAGCAAGGAGAAGAGCCGUGGAUAACAGAGGUAGAGUUCUCAAGCCAGAGCCUUCCAGACUUCCUCAGCACCGGUCAUCCAGCCUUGCUCCAACCAGCCAAACUAUUUGCCAGUCUUCAAGAGUAUGUGUAUAUCCUUACCUCAGAUCGCUUUUCCUGCCACCAAGAUGAUGAGCAAGUGUACAAUUUAAAGCCCUACUCACUUGGAGGAUUUCUCCCUCACCAUUGUCUUUCAGAGUGGAGUUGAGUUGUACUGGCCACGGAGGACACUGGGUGAGAGAUUGUAAUUAUUUUUCCAUUACACCAGCUGA